UCCAAUCAAAAGUACUCGUGUAGCCAAGUGGAUAUCAGCCGCAUUUCUGUCCUUCUGGCGUGAAGCAACCUUUGUUGAUGUGGGUUUUUGUCCCCUGUUUUGUUGCUCACUUGUCAAUUCUUACAGAGAUGGCCACAGAAACAAACGGUGCUCUAACGCCAGUGGCGGAAACGCCUGUUGCAGCUGCCACGAAGGAUGAAAUAAAACAAGGGUCGACUCCGGAGGACGGGUCCAACAAGCCAGAGUCACAGGAUUCAGAAAGUCCUCCAAAAGAUGAAAAUCUCCAAUCCCCAGCUACAACUGCAGGCGAUGUCAUAAAAACACCGUUUACAUCGCCCCUGGAGUCCUGCAAGCCAGAAUCUCCCGCCGAAUUGACUUCUGAUCAACAAUCGAAGUACGAGCAGCUUCUUACGGUCGUUUCUGAAUGGACAACAAUCCCAACUACGACUGCGAAGAAUGCUCCCACCGAGCCUAUUACAGACGACGACCGCAUGUUCAUGACACGGGAGUGUCUGCUUCGAUACCUUCGGGCUACCAAGUGGGACUUGGCCGCUGCCACCAAUCGUCUCAGGGGGACUCUUACCUGGCGUCGUGAAUAUGGUCUUGCCAAACUUACACCGGAUUAUAUGUCGGUUGAGAACGAAACAGGCAAGCAAGUCAUUCUCGGAUACGAUGUGAACGCUCGACCAUGCUUGUAUCUGAAUCCAGCCAGACAGAACACGGCGUACAGCGAACGACAAGUGCAGCACCUUGUUUUUAUGGUGGAGCGCGUUAUCGAUCUAAUGGGACCGGACCAGGAAUCACUAGCAUUGCUGGUGAAUUUCAGUGACACACGAUCAGGGCAGAAUGCGACAAUUGGUCAGGGGAGACAGGUGUUGAGCAUUCUUCAAAACCACUAUCCAGAACGCCUUGGUCGGGCGCUCGUUGUCAACAUACCUUUCUUGAUUCACGGAUUCUUCAAGCUUAUUACUCCCUUUAUUGACCCUCUGACGAGAACGAAACUCAAGUUUAACGAGGACCUCCGCAAACACGUUCCACCUACACAGCUGCUCAAGAGCCUAAACGGCGAAGUGGAAUUCGAGUACGACCACUCCACGUACUGGCCAGCCUUGAACAAGCUGUGUGAACAACGACGAAAGGAGUACCAUGAGAGAUGGGUCCAAGGCGGUAAAGUUAUUGGAGAGCACGAAAGCUAUCUAAAGGGUGGAUCCGAUAAAGGCCUCAAUGGGAGCCGGGCGCCAAUUGCAACGAUCGAGGAAAAAAUGGAGCGUUUGGAAGUUAAUCUCCCGCAAACCAACAACGACCAAUCCGUCGACACUAUCACCCCAGCAUAGAUUCAGCUUCGCCUCUUUAUUAUUCGCCACUAGCAUUUUUAAUACCACUAGCGUGUUAUAUUUCGGGCGCUUUUGACGUUUUGUUUCUUUUCUUUUCUUUUCUUUUUUUUUCUCCCUCUCUUUCGUUAAUUUUCCAUACCAGUUUUAUUCCCAAUUGCUUUUUGCGGAGAUAGAUGGAUUGGUUGAUGAGGUCCAGCCCCUAUGGUUCUACGAGGGGCUCCUUUUGGUGAAUAGAUAUUAUAUGCUUUUUUCUUUUUUUUCCCUUUUUUAGAGAAGCGUGAUGGUUGUUAGAUUCUGGGCAUACCUAGGCAAUAUUUUAAUAUUAGUAGUUAAUUCAUGGGCAUUUUAUAGACCAACCUAUGCCUUUUGUGAGCAUUAAUGUCAUUCUUGCUGUGACCUGUCCAGAGUGGUGAGAGUGGGUCAGUCCAAAUACCCAUUUGUAUUCCAACUCAGAUAGCAGAAUAUCAUUGAGGAUUAUAUAUAAUAUGGCGGAAUCGUAGGAGAUUCCCCAGCUAUCUCCAUCUCUACUAACCCGC